AAGCAAGGGUCGGGUCCUCGCAUCCGACGCCGCCGAGUGCUCGGGGCAGACAGUGCGGGCGAUCUGGCCUUCCCUACCAGACCAUUCGCCACUGUUUCCAGAGGUGUCAACCGUGGAUUAGAGACGCACCUUGGAGGUCAAUUGAUUAUUUCGCACAUACUUGCGCAAGCGCAAAAUCCCAUUUUUCGUUCCUCUUCAGAGUAGGGGUGAAGUUCCCAAUUGCGCAGCUUGACUGGUCUUGCGUCUUUCGUCCCGUCUCCGAGAGUCCCCGUAUGGCCCUCCGACUCCCUGCCGCGGUACGCCCGCUCCGGCCGCUGGCUCUCGCGAAGCCUUCGGCACAACAAGUACGAUGGCUGGCAUCGCCAGUACCUCCAGUCACACAGAACUCGUCGCGGGGCCCGACCGCUAUGGUUUUCCUCAACAUGGGCGGUCCGUCAACCGUGGACGAAGUGGGCGACUUUCUUAGCAGACUAUUCGCCGACGGCGACCUCAUCCCGCUCGGGCGGCUGCAGGGUUACCUCGGCCCGCUCAUCUCCAAACGGCGCACGCCCAAGAUCCAGAAACAGUACGCGGCCAUCGGCGGCGGCUCGCCGAUCCGCAAGUGGUCCGAGUACCAGUGCGCCGAGAUGUGCAAGAUCCUCGACAAGAUCUCACCCGAGACGGCGCCGCACAAGCCGUACGUGGCCUUCCGGUACGCGAACCCGCUGACCGAGGACACGUACCGGCGGAUGCUGGCCGACGGGUUCGGCAAUGGGCGCGGCGGGCGCGCCGUCGCGUUCACGCAGUACCCGCAGUAUUCGUGCUCGACGACGGGCAGCAGCCUGAACGAGCUGUGGAAGUGGCGGCAGAGGCUGGAGGGCAAGGCCAGGCCGCUGCAGGACGGGGCGGACGGGACGAUCAAGUGGAGCGUCAUUGACCGGUGGCCGGUGCAUCCGGGGUUGGUGGAGGCGUUCGCGCAGAACAUCGAGGCCAAGCUGGCUGAGUACCCCGAGGAGAGGAGGGACAAGGUUGUGCUGCUCUUCUCGGCGCACAGCUUACCCAUGACCGUGGUGAACAGGGGUGAUCCCUACCCCACCGAAGUUGCUGCCACGGUGCAGGCCGUGAUGCAGCGGCUCAAGUUCGUCAACCCGUACCGGCUGUGCUGGCAAUCCCAGGUCGGCCCUCAGCCCUGGCUCGGCCCACAGACGUCUAGCACGGUGGAGAAUUACAUCGCGCAGGGCCAAAAGGACCUGCUGCUCAUCCCGAUCGCGUUUACGUCGGACCACAUCGAGACGCUAUUUGAGCUCGACGAGGAGGUCAUAGGAGGCUCGAGCCACGCCGACACGGUGAAGCGUGUCGAGAGCCUGAACGGCAGCCCGGUGUUUAUCAAUGCGCUUGCGGACCUGGCCAAGAGCCAUCUGGCCAGCGGCAUCGCCUGUUCGACGCAGAUGGGCCUCAGGUGUCCAGGCUGCAAGAGCGAGAGAUGUGCCGCGUCGAAGAAGUUCUUUGCGGGGCAGCAGUUAUAGGCAGUGGUCAUAUGUAUAUAUACCUUACGUGUAUGAUGAGCACGGUUCACGGUGAACUACCUGUCCUGGUCGGCGCGUGUUCCGGCGUUGUAGAUAAGAGCACGCGAUCGCCAAGGUCAAUUGGCUUGUGAUCGGAAAGCGAGAUCGGUUCCAAACGGC